AUGCAAGACGGCAAGUGCGUGGGUGUCAUUGCUCUUAAUAUGGAAGACCGCACACUCCAUCGUUUCCGCUCGCACAAGACCGUGUUGGCGACGGGUGGUUAUGGGCGAGCGUACUUUAGCUGCACGAGCGCCCACACUUGCUCUGGAGAUGGAAAUGCAAUGGUCGUUCGUGCUGAACUUCCCCUUCAGGAUCUGGAAUUCGUCCAGUUCCAUCCUACUGGUAUUUAUGGUGCUGGGUGCCUCGAAGGUUCUCGAGGUGAAGGAGGGUAUCUCCUGAAAUCUGAGGGUAAACGGUUCAUGGAACGAUAG